CUAGAUAUUAAUGGCGUGUGUUAUGAAUGAUCUUUGUACUGUUUGAAAUCUUUGAUAUAGUAGCUUAUACACAAUUGGAAAUUAACAAAAAUUGCUGUUGAAAUUACAAAUAACUGAAGGAAUUAUUUUGUAAACAAUGGCUCAUUAUAAAGGAGCUGCAAGUGAAGCUGGUAGAGCAAUGCAGUUGAUGAAAAAACGAGAAAUAGCCCAACAAGAAAUUGAACUUCGAAAAAAAAAAAUAGAAAAUGAUUUAAAAAUACACAAUAUAGAAAAUAAAUUUGCGACACAUUAUAAUGCAGUUGAGCAACAACUUAAAACUUCUACUAUUGGUUUAGUUACUUUGGAUGAAAUGAAGGCAAAACAAGAAAAUAUUGUAAAAGAACGUGAAAGAAAGUUAGCACAGAAAGAAAAAGAAAAGGAACAGGAAAAAGAACGAGCACUUGCUGCUAAACAAGCAGAAAGAACAAAACAAAAAAAACAAAUUCAAGCUUUAUCAUUUAAUUUAGAUGAAGAGGAAGAACAAGAUAAUUUUCAAGAAGAUUCAAAUACAAGAAAAACGAAAUCAAUUGAAUGUUUAGAACUUGCAAUAAAAAAAAUUAAAAAAAAUCCAGAUGUUGACACAAGUUUUUUACCUGAUAGAGAAAGAGAGGAAGAAGAAAAUAAAUUAAGAGAAGAACUUAGACAAGAAUGGGCCCAAAAACAAAAUGCACUUAAAGAAGAAGAAAUUGAAAUUACUUUCAGUUAUUGGGAUGGAUCUGGGCACAGACGUAGUGUUACAAUGAAAAAAGGUAAUUCAAUUUAUCAGCUUCUUCAACGAUGUUUAGAAGUAUUACGAAAAGAAUUCAGUGAAUUGAAAACAGUAAUGGCAGAUCAGUUAAUGUAUGUGAAAGAAGAUUUAAUUCUUCCACAUCACUACACAUUUUAUGAUUUCAUUGUAACUAAGGCAAGAGGAAAAAGUGGGCCUCUUUUCACUUUUGAUGUACAUGAUGAUGUUAGAAUGAUGUCUGAUGCAUCUGUCGAGACUGAAGAAUCCCAUGCAGGAAAAGUAUUACUUCGAUCAUGGUAUGAAAGAAAUAAACAUAUAUUUCCAGCUAGUCGAUGGGAACCAUAUGAUCCUACCAAAAUAUAUGAUAAAUACACAAUUUCUGAUAAAAUUAAAAAAGAAAAAGUUUAA